UCCGUCGUUUUAUCGCCAUGGCGGAAGAAGAGGAAACACGGAAAACAAUUAGCUUGGUAGUUAAAACUGCUAAAGAAAAGAAAACCGUUGAUAUAGAAGAAGAUGCCAGUAUAAAAAACCUGAGAGAAAAAGUAUCCCAGUCUUUUAAUACACCUCUAGAACAAGUGUGUCUGAUAUUUGCUGGAAAAAUAUUAAAAGAUCAUGAAACAUUAGGAACUCACAAUAUUAAAGAUGGACUGACUAUUCAUCUGGUUGUACGUUCUGCCACAAGACACCAAGAAAGACAAGGAGGGACAGGGAGUCAGCAGAGUAGAGCUGAUAUUUCUGCCACACCAUUUGGGCUUGGAAGUAUUGGUGGAUUACCAGGACUAGCUGGUUUGGGUUUAGGAUCUGCUAACUUUAUGGAUAUGCAGCAGAGAAUGCAACAGGAGUUCCUGAGUAACCCUGAUAUGAUGCGCCAACUUAUGGAAAACCCCAUGGUGCAAUCAAUGAUGAACAAUCCUGAAUAUAUGAGACAGUUAAUUACAAGUAACCCACAGAUGCAACAACUUAUGGAAAGAAACCCAGAAAUCAGUCAUAUGCUGAACAACCCAGAUUUGUUGCGACAAACAAUGGAAGUUGUGAGGAACCCAGCUAUGCUACAAGAGUUAAUGAGAAGUCAAGAUAGAGCUCUUAGCAACUUAGAGAGUGUACCUGGUGGAUAUAAUGCUCUUAGGAGGAUGUAUACUGAUCUACAAGAACCAAUGCUUAGUGCUGCUCAAGAACAACUUGGUGGAAAUCCAUUUGCUGCUUUGAUAAAUAACAUUAGUGAGGGACAAGCUGAUUCUGUACAACAAGGAACAGAAAAUAGAGAUCCUUUGCCUAACCCCUGGGGUUCUAAUGGUGACACCACAACCCACACUACCACAACAACAACUAGCAGCACUGUCUCUUCCACUUCGGGGCAAAAUACUGCUGUGGGAGGAGCUUUCUUUGGCUCUCCUGGCAUGCAGAGUUUGAUGCAGCAGUUAAUAGAAAACCCACAACUAAUGCAGAAUAUGAUGAGUGCCCCCUACAUGCAGUCAACACUGCAGGCUCUCUCAGCUAAUCCUGAAAUGGCACAACAAAUUGUAGCCAAUAAUCCACUCCUAUCAGGCAAUCCCCAACUUCAAGAGCAAGUUCAAAAUAUGAUGCCCAUAUUUCUUCAACAGAUGCAGAACCCAGAAAUUCAGUCACUGAUGACAAAUCCACAAGCUCUUAGAGCUAUAAUGGAGAUCCAACAAGGCAUGGAGCAACUACAACAAGUUGCACCAGGAGCUUUCAGUGUCUUUCCAGGAAGUCGGCCUCCUAAUGCCAGUACUACUACUACAACUGCAUCAAAUGUUACCAGUACUGUUACUGCUACUACAACUGCAGCAAAUGUUACCAACACUGCUGCUACUACAGUGAAUACUUCCAGCACAACUGCCUCUAGUAGUACUGGAAACAGUGGUCAAGAUCCUUUCAGUCAGUUUAUGUCUCAAAUGGUGUCAGCCAUGGCCCAGGGUGGAAACAAUACGCAGCUGCCACCUGAAGAAAGAUACAGAACACAGUUGGAACAACUAACAGCCAUGGGGUUUAUCAACAGAGAUGCUAAUUUACAAGCUCUAAUUGCAACUUUUGGUGAUGUCAAUGCUGCGGUUGAAAGGCUUCUGCAGUCCCAGCAGUAGCAUUGUUUCUGAUUAUAGAUGAACAUCCUCUAAAACAAUUUUCAGCAAGAUAAUAUUUUAUUGUACAGGACAGUUUAGGUAAAAACCAUUUGCUCUGCCUGUACAUGUACUAACAGGAUUGAGCAGAAAGAACAUGGGCAAAAUGUUGCACUUCUUAUCCCUCUUCUAUGAAAGUAUUUGUGUUACAGAUAGAUUAACCCUUUUCAUGUUUUGUGUAUCUUUAGUGAUCUGUUUAGCUGGUAUCAUGAUUUUAUAAAUUUUCCAUUAAUUCUGGUCUCUGUAACUAAACUAAAACAAUAUCUAAAGUAAGACACUACCUGAAGGGUAAGAUUAAAAGUGAAACAACUUACAUUUUCAGAAGGCAGCAAAGAAAAAAACACAGUAUAGUUAAUUUUGAUUUCUGAUUGUUGCUGAUGGAUAAGUCGUGAGUCUUGGAUAAUUUAUCACUUCAUCAUCAUGAGAAAUUUUUUUGUAGUAGCUAGGAUGUUACAUGCACCAUGAGCUUAUUUGAGAUGUAUCUAAAAAAUUUGCAUGAGGCACCAUAAAGCAUAAUUGAAAAUUUUUUUAUCAGAUGAUCACUAUUUUAUUUCUUGAAAUCAGAAGAGUUAAUUAUAUAUCAAAGCAUCUUAUUUCCGUGUAAUGUUUGGAUUUUUUAGAUUUCUUCAACUACACAUUAGAAGAAUGGUUCUUUUGAGAUUAAAAUGUACUUCAAAAUUCAAGCCCUAUGAAAUUAAGUGAUUGUUUCUAUAAUGAUAUACCUAUCUCUCAUAAGUUGUGUUUAAAGCUAUAUACUACAUAAGACUACUAUACAUUUUUGUAAUUUUUAAGUUUCAUUCAAAUAUGAAAACUGGUAGUGAAUGCAUUAGUCUUCUUCAAAAUAAAAUUCUAGGGUUCAAGUACAUUACAUUUGCUGUAAGAGUAAAUAGAAUUUUACAUUUUUGUUAAAGUGUUAGUCAUGUUUAUUAUGUUCUACACUGUGAUUCUGUGUAUGCUGAAAAUUUAUAUUGCCAAAAAUGUGAAUUAAUGACAUCUAAAAACUGUUGGACAGGGAAGAAUUUUAGUAGUCAAUGGUAUAUUUCCAUUUGUAUUAUAUACAUAUUUUCCAGUAUUCAUAUGGCUUAAUAUUUAGGAUUUUUGCUUGUGUAAAAAAAACGUACAGUUUUAAAAUGAGCUGCCUUAUAUUUUUGUCCAUCCUUCUCUUUUGUAGUUGAUAUGCCUCAAAACUAAAACAUGCAUCCAUAAUUCCUGUUUCUGUAGAAUUCCAGAGAGUUAAAAUCAUAAGUACAUUGAUCAAAAUUUAAAGUAACUAAAGUUAAAGAUGUUUUAUUUGUUGUUCAGACAUUGAACAAGUUAAUGAAAGAUAUGUGUGGUAACAAUGCUGAUAUAGAUUAGAUUCAUAAAAGCUGCAAGUUUCCCAGACUCAGUAUUCUAAACUCCUGCAAGCCCUUAUUUUUUUAUUUUGUUCCAUGACUGCUUUCAGUGGGACUAGUGCUUACCUUCCUAAAUUAACCUUUAAAAACUAAAAAUGUGAACUGAAAGCUAAUAUAAAGUAGUAAUAAAAUGAUUAAUCAAGAAAAUUUUAUAUUUUUUUAGCAAUUUGAAAUGUUUAAUCUGUUGUACAAUUGUAAUUUUUAUAUUAUGCUUUAACUUCUUACAAAGAAGAUUAUUACCAUCAGUUUGAGGUUGCACUCCCAGACUCCCUAAAUCCUUACAUUUAUAAAAGAGAAUCCUAGGAGUUGGGAGAUUCUGUUAACCCUUUCUUGAGUGGAUGGGUGUCACUCAUAUUCCCUGAUUAUUUAUUCUAACAGUGGUGAUAGUUAACCAAAUUGCAGGGAAAAUAUUAUCCAGUGCAUUUUCUUGAUUAAUCUUCAUUAAAAACUUAUAGAAAGGUGUCUGUACUCAAUUGUAACUGUUUACACUUUGGAUACUAAAUGACCCUUCUUCCUUGAUGAUAGUGAUUCAUUCAGACGAACACAUACAAAGGGAACUUGAUGCAAGUAUUUAUAAGGUAGGAUAAAAGUUUUAAUAACAAAGCUAUUUAUGGAAAUUCUUAAAUUCUUUACAUCCUCCUGCUUAUGGAUUAUUUUUUUAAUCAUUUAAAUUAUAUAAGGAAUACAGAUAGUUUAACUACCUUUAAUAAAGGCAAAAUAGAAUGUAAAUAAAUAAAUAAAUAAAAGAGCUGGAAUCCUGGGAUUUGAAUCACUAAAGUCCCAAGAUUCAGAAAAAGAUUUACUACAACACCUACCCUCAGUGUAAUAACAGUGAUAGGGGAAAAGUACAGCAUAAAAUGAUAAUCAAAAAUGUUCACAGACUACUUGUAUAAGUGUUAAAAGAAAAAUAAUUUAUGCUUGUAUAUGAGUAUCAACGUUAGAGAAUGAUGUCUGAUGUUAUCUCAGAGUGCUAACUAAUUAGGAUAUUGGAGAUUUGUUUCAAAACAUUAGAAAUAUAAAGAGUGAAAAUUAGGGUUGGUGAUCAGAUAGUAAACUAUUAGUUUAAUUAAGCGAUAAAUUCAAGUGAAUACGUGGUGUCUAUAACAUGAGAAUAGGAAACAUAAGAGUUAUUAAUACCUUAUAGGUUUUAUAGCGAUAAUAGUAAGUUGCUUUUGUUCUUAAUUUAGAUACUGAAAGUUUUUUGUUAAAUCUUUAUGAUACUUACUCAAUCAGUAUACAAAUUUUGUUCCCCAUGUGUGUUCGAAAUUUCAAGGUUGUGAAAGAAGGGAUUAAAAGAAAUUGUUUUUUUUUCAAACAACUAUUGAAUAAGAAAACAUUGUGUAUUACCAAUUCUUUUAGUUGUUCAUCUACACUUGGUAUUGUAGAACAAGUAAAAUGAUGUUUAUCUGUCAUCCUUCAACAACUUGAACCAAACUUCAAACUGUUCAGUCAUACUGUUGGAUUCUGUAACUUGACUGCAUUCAAAUAAAUAAAUAAAUAAAUAAAAUAAUAAUGUUUUGCUGUAA